CCGGCCCGGCCCGGCCCGGCCCGGUAAGCUAGGCCCAUAUUGACUGCUCUACUCUUGAAUCCUUGGCCUUCUCCCCGCCGCCGCCGCCACACCUCCAUCUACUCCUCCCAAAACCCUAGCACUGUGUGCCACACCUCGAUCGUCACCCUCAUUUCGUCCUUGGUAGCCCCGCCCUAAUCUUGAACGGACCUGACCCGCUGUGUUGCUGUCGGAGACGAGGGAAUCAGAGCAGCGCAUGGUUGAUUCUUUCCGGUGAGGUUCCGAGUCGGUGGCGGAGCUUGAGAAAUCAGCUGCCUGUUCCAAGGAUGACAAAGUAUUGAGUAAGAAGUAAAGGAAGUUAGUGCUUGUCCAAUUGGUUUGUGAAGUUGGUGGUGGGGCGAUCAAGAGAUUCAGUUUCCUCUACAAAGAGCUCGAGAGAUCCUUGAAAGUUUGAUCUGAUGAUAUCGUUGAGGAAAGGAUCCUUGCAGAUGAAAUUUCUUGAAGAUCCUCAAGCCAAAUGCAGGAAUGUUGUGUGGCUGCCUUGAGCUAUUUCAGAAGCAGUUAUUACCAGCCAGAUAUGUCCUUCUUGUUCCCUUGGUGAACCUUCUGCUUGCAAUAUCGGUUUAUUAGAAUAAUUUUGAAAUUGAGUAAGUCUGUUUGAUGCAAUUUCCAUGGUCUUUAGGUCCUGUUUUUCUUUUUCAGUUCAAAUUUUGUCGAUUGGAGAUACUGCCAAAUUAUGGCAUUGACCGUUUGGGUAAUAAGCAUAAUCUUGUUAGUUCUAGUUGUCUAUUUAAGGUAUUACACUUGAAGUACAAUGUUCUGUUUAUCACUGUUCUCUUAUUUUUCUUUGAUGUGCCUAUUUAAUUAUGUUUCAAGCAUUUUUUUUAGUUCCUAACUUCCUGUCUUCUAAAUUUGGAUUACUCAAAAAUAUUCUCAGGUAAGUGUUUCUUGUUAAUCAAUAGAUUCAAUAAUAUCAUGCUUCACUUGAUUACCCCAAGCCACAAAACUAACUUCACACCUGUCUAGGGAAAGCAAUCCCAGCAAUCAUCUUCUUUAACUCCUCCAUGGAUUUAGAAUUUUGUUCUCUAAUCUCCUCAAUUGCCAUGGUAUGCUUCUCAUCCAUCUCUUGGAUGAGAUCUCCGAGUCUUUGAGGUCUUGUUUCUUGCUGUUGUUCGCCAUGAACGUGCGGAGAUCAGAGCUCUAAUACCAGUAAUAUGAAGGAAAGAGUGAAUAAGAACAAGAACUAAGGAGAAAAAGAAGAGAAGAAGAAGAGAAGAAAGAAGGAAAUCUCGGUCUGUUAUUCAUCUGAACCAUUAGCUUUUAAGGAGUGAAGCAACGGUCCAGAUUAGAUGUUACACCUGGGUCCCACACUUUACAUAAGGUCCAAAAGCGCCCAUAUUCAAUUCACCCAAUCGAAGAGCAUUACAGUGAACUAAAAACUCAUGCUGACUCAGCUAACUAACAUAAUGAUUUUUAUGACUCAGCCAAUACCCUGCUGACUCCGCUAACUAACCAACUAACUCUCCCUCGGCUCAGACACUCACAGUACACUCAAACACAGCUCUCAGACACUACACAACUACACCAUCAUCCCCUGUAGCAUCACAGCAACGCUCUUCAUAACACUCUUCGCCUUCUAACAAGCAUCUCCUCAUGGCUAUCAACAUGAGAUCAGACAGUAGUGCUAAGGAGUUCGCGAAUCUUGUUGCUCAGACAAGAAGGGUGCUGGAUAUCAUAGUUAACAAUGCUGGUACCAUAAAUAAAAACAAGAAGACAUGGGACGUUCCCGUAGAAGAGUUUGAUGUGGUUAUAGAUACCAAUUUAAAGAGAGUUGUGAACAUACUUAGUCAUUUUUUUCCACUCAUUAUUGAAAGGUUGGCUCCAUACUGUGCUUCGAAAUGGGCCAUUGUGGGACUUUCUCAAUCUGUCGCUAAGGAAAUACCUCCUAAUUUGGCAAUUGAUGCUCUUAGUCCUGCGGCGUUAUUCCUGAGUUUUGAGUUCUAACAAAUGGAAUUAGCCAUAUCGGCCUUCAACUCCUGCUCCUCCACUCAUAGCCCGUCCACCUUUCUUGGGGAACGACAACUUCAUCGUCUUGUAUGUCACUUUUGAUUCUGAUUUCUUUAAUUGUGUUUCUUUAUAAUAUUUGGAAGCUUAUCAGUGUUUGGAUGAUAUGUAAUCCGUUUUUAAUUUGUUUGGAAGUAUUAUUUUUUUAAAAGAAAUUAAAGUUCUUAUUUGUAGUUUUUAUGUAAAUUGCUCAAUGGGAGCAUGCGGGUGUUGGAUGUUGUUUGAUUAGUUGGUGCUGUUUGUCCUUGCAGACAUCCGUAUGAUUUAUUUCUCAAUCGGAAUAUUGAAUUUGAA